UUAUACUCUCUUUGUUUUUCUCUCGUGGUUGUAUUGAAUAAACACGACACAGUCAUAAUUUUUGUUACACUGGUUUAUUAGUGUGACCACUGUGAUGGAAGUGAUGAACGCAUGUCGCUGCUGCCUGCGGUGCCCUCCGGACAAGGACCUGGCGACGUCGUACACACAUCUCGGCAAAACAGAGAUAUAUUCCCACAUGCUCAAGGAGUGCUUUGAUCUACAUCUAUCAGUUGAUGGAGAUGUCUCACGUGGGAUCUGCUUGACAUGCGUGGGCCGCCUGCGAGACGCUAGUGACUUCAAGCUGCAAGUGCAGCGCAGCCAGGCAGAGCUGGAGGGAGCACUGCAUGCCAAAGUGGAGCCCAUGAUUAAGAUUGAGGUGGCUGAUGAGAGGACGGGUGAUGAGUCUGCAUUUGUCAUGUUAUAUGAAGUGACCGCAGAGAGGGCAGAGAUGGCUGUAGAUGAGCAAGAUAAUGUUUUACAUGAAGAUCCUCUGGUUAAAUCUGAGACGCCUAAUGAUCCGAGUGCCGACGACUCGUCACAGUCGGCCGUCGCGACUUCUUCCAGUGGAGAGAAACUAUACACCUGUGAAGAAUGCAAUAAGAAUUUCAGAAAAAAGCCUAUUUUAAGAAAACACAUGCAAGACACGCACCUAUCUUCCGGACUUUCAUUACAUUCAACAAUGAACCAACAAUUAAGUGAUACUUCUAGUUCCACAAAGAUUAGAUUGAACAAGAAAGGCGAACAGGUCACAGAAUUCAAGUGUACUCAAUGUGAUUAUACAACAAUCUCCAAGAGAAAUUUUAAUAGACAUAAAAACUAUCAUUUUGAUGAGGAACAAUUAAAUUGCAAACAGUGCGAUUAUGUCGCUCGUUAUAAAGGCCACCUGCGUCUACAUCAGGUGAUACAUACUAGAUCGUCCUAUACGUGCGAAUGCGGCUUUAAAUGUAGAUGGGAAUCAGAGUUACGACGUCACAAAUGGGUACACACUGGGGAAAAACCAUACAGUUGCAAAUACUGUGACUACAAAUGCCGUCAGAUGACAAACUUGCGAACGCAUGAGAGGGUACACACGACUGGCAAGCCUUUUAAAUGCGAUCGUAGCGAUUGCGAGUACGCGUCUCGAUAUAAACAGGCUUUAGUAAGACAUUAUAAGACUAAACAUAGGGAGGAUUUGCCUUAGGCAAUGGGCGGAUCAACUUUUAGUGUUGUUAUUAAGUGUUUUAUAACACGCUCAAUAAAAUACCCAUCAUGGAAUGCCUUGUAAUUAUAACAACCUAAAAAUUUAUGUUUGAUCAAUUUAAAUACCAUAAAAAGGCAAAUCACCUGUACAGUCUUAUCACUGUACAUGCAUUUCGGAAUCUAAUUAGUUGCACGUCCAUGUCGUACAUGUUAGACGCAUUGACGUAUAAAAUCUCAGGACUGGCCUUACGGGCAAUAAGAAUGGGGCCAGUACAGCGGUGUGACACCGCUACAACGCGAUUGGUUGAUGAGUUCGCAUCACGCACGCCAUUGGUUGACGAGUUCGCAUCACGCGCGCGAUCGGUCGCAACUAGCUGCAUUAGGCUGCGCGAUUGGCUCGAAUUGGUGAGUCAUACCGCUGAACUAGUACCAUUUUUAGUGCCCGUAAGGCCAGUCCAUAGAUAUAAUACGUCAAUGGUUAGACGUGAUUAUAAUCCGUAUUAGAGUCGCACGUUCUUCACGUCUUGUCGAACAGCAACUCUAACAGCGGAAGCAAGAUAAUCAUAUAAAACUACUAUACAGGCAAGAGAGGGAUAUAGACGCAUCUUAGAUUCCUGAGAAGGAGGGUCACCUUAUUAACUUGUACUUUCACUCGCAAUAUACUCAUAUACCUACUGCAACUGCUGUUUGCCGUGCUGCUCACCAACCGACCACCUGAAGCUACUAGUGUAUCGGCUAACUGGCUGCUACAUCACCAAUGAUUUGUUUAAUUAAUUAAUUUAGUUAAUUGUAUAAUUUUAUUCUUGAAAAUUUUAUUUAUAUGCUGACAUGUCCCAUCAUUAGUUAGUUUAAUUAAAUUAUAACUAUUAUAAGCAUGUAAUUAGUUCAUAAGUUUCGUAACACAAUGUAUUAUAAUAAUAGAAAUAAAUAAAAAACCGGGCAUUUGCGAGUCGGACUCGCGCACGAAGGGUUCCGUACCAUAAUGCAAAAAAAAAACGGAAAAAAAUGCAAAAAGAAAACGGUCACCCAUCCAAUUACUGACCACGCCCGACGUUGCUUAACUUUGGUCAAAAAUCACAUUUGCUGUAUGGGAGCCCCACUUAAAUCUUUAUUUUAUUCUGUUUUUAGUAUUUGUUGUUAUAGCGGCAACAGAAAUAGAUCAUCUGUGAAAAUUUCAACUGUCUAGCUAUCACGGUUCGUGAGAUACAGCCUGGUGACAGACGGAAGGACGGACAGCGAAGUCUUAGUAAUAGGGUCCCAUAAUCCCGUUUUACCCUUUGGGUACGGAACCCUAAAAAGAAAUGAAAUAAUGAAAAAAAUGAA